AAUGCUCAGAUGUACAUCGGUGAGGGUAAAAUCCAGUGAUACUAAAAAGCUUUUAAAGCGUAACUUGUGAAAGCUAUUUUGCAAUCCAAAAAUUUUCUAGCAACCCAAAAACCCAACACUUGAUAUCAUAUAAUCUUCCAAAUUGUUUCAGUCAUCUCAUAAAAAACCCAACAUUCCUAAUUUUUCUUCCAAAUUGUUUUCUAGUAAGAGAUGGCCUAUGCUGUUGUAUACUCACUAGCUCAAACAAUAGACCAGAUCCUAAAUCAUGAUGAAUACCCCCUCUCUGAAAUUGGAAAACAACAGAUUCACAUGCUAAAAAAAAACGUAUUUUCCUUGAUAAAUUUUCUUAAAUGGUUUAAGGAGGAAGGCAGCAGCUUGGAAAGAAGAAUCAGAGAUGCAGCUAAUGAAGCAGAGGAUGUAAUCGAGCAUUGGAUGCACGAGCAUAUCCGAUCAACUGCUGCUGGACUUGCCACCGAUAUUGAAUAUGAUCUUGGCGAGCUGAAUAUGGUGAUGGAGGAAAUUAACUCCAUUUCCAAAGAGGUGGAUCUCAUCAAACCGUGGCCUUCUCCGAAGAUGCUGCAGUCGAGGCCACCAAUGUCAACGUGCAUCCGUGACGGUUUCACUGUUGGUCUGGAGGAGGAUUUGAAGAAAAUAAAAGGUUUGGUUUUGGGAGAAUCACCCUACCUCGAGAUUAUCCAGAUCACGGGGAUGGGCGGUAUUGGGAAGACAACUCUGGCCAAAGAGGUUUAUCAUGAUGAGUUGAUUAAGGAGACGUUCCCAUUUCGUGCUUGGGUGACUGUAUCACAAGAUUAUCAUAACGUGGAAAAUAUAUUUGCGGAUCUCCUACGUUCGUUUGGAGGAAAUGUGGAAAGCAACGGCGAGCCAGCCAUAUAUAGUUUGUACAGUAUGUUGAUCUUCAAGAAGUACCUUAUUGUAUUGGAUGAUGUGUGGAGCGCAGAGGCGUUGAAUGGCAUAAUGAGAGCCUUUCCCAACGACAGAAAUGGAAGUCGAAUCAUGUUAACCACAAGGAUAGAGAGUGUGGCUUCUUAUGAUCAAAUGCACAAGAUGCAAUUGAUAGGCCCAAGUCAAAGUUGGGAACUACUCAAGCAAAAGGUAUUUCAGAGCGAAAAAUGUCCAUCUGAGUUGGAGAAGAUCGGAAAGGAUAUUGCAAAAGGAUGUAAGGGGCUACCCCUUGCAGUUGUGGUAGCUGCUCGUAUAUUGUCUCAAAGAAGUCAGACUCAAUCCUCGUGGGAGGAUGUUGCUCAAAACAUACGUUCACUUAUCCAGAAUGACGAGCACUUUGAAAAGACUAUGUCUUUGAGUUAUACAUACUUGCAUCGUCGUUUAAGGCCUUUUUUCAUUUACAUGUGUGGCUUUCCUGAAGCUUACGAAAUUCGAGUCUCCAUGCUUAUCAAGUUAUUCAUGGCUGAAGGAUUCGUGAAAGAUCAAGUAAAGGGUGAAGAAUAUCUGAUUGAGCUUGAGAGGCAAAACCUGAUUUUAGAUAAGGCCAUCAAGUCCAAUGGCAAAGUCAAAAGUUACUCUGUCCAUGGUUUGCUACGUGACUUGUGCAAUAUAAAGGCUCUAGAUGAGAAUUACGAGCGACGGCUCAGUAAUUCUCAUCUUGAUCUAAGGGAGGUUGCAAGAGCGUACGCUUCGACCAUGCGCUCUGUUAUAAGCUUCCAACGUAAUGAAAGCUCAUUACGCGGUCUGCGCAAGUUCAAAUUGCUGAGAGUGUUGGAUGUGGUUGAUACUAAUGCCUAUUCGCUCCCUCCUUCAUUGUUUGAGCUCUUCCACUUGAGGUACCUUGCUUUCGGAUGUCCAAUGGAGGUUCCAUCAGCCAUAUCCAGACUUGAGAAUCUUCGCGCUCUGAUCAUCCGUCCCGGCAAAAGGUCAAGGAAAUACUCAAGGGAUGAGGUAUAUCUACCAUUAGAGAUAUGGAUGAUGCCACUUUUGACUCAUCUUGUAUCCUUUUUCGAUCUCUUGCCAAAUCCAGAAGGAGCAGCUUCUGCUCUGAAGGAACUGCUCACACUGGCAGUGGUGAAGAAGCUGAUAUGUACAGAAGAGCUGAUGAAAUUGAUAUGCAAUGUGAAAAAGCUGGCAAUCAAUUAUUUUGGAGACAAAUAUCAACAAGACUAUCAACUUGAGAAUCUUGUUCUCCUAUCUCAACUUGAGAAGCUGACACUAGUUGUGACAAAAGGUUCUCAUCUUCAGAAAAAAGCUAGGCCUAUUUUUCCCAAGACACUGAAAAAGUUAACCUUGAGUGGUUGGCGAUUUCCUUGGGAAGAUAUGAAAGCUAUUGCCACUCUUCCCAAUCUUGAAGUUCUCAAAUUGAGAGAUCAUGCCUUUCAAGGCGAUACGUGGAGCACUAUUGAAGAAAGUUAUGGUGACAAGGAUGGAGAAGAUUUUGAAGUGAAUCCGUUUGUUAAACUGAAAUAUUUGCUAAUUGAGGAAUCUGAUUUACAGGAGUGGAUUAUUGACAACUGCCACUUCCAAGCACUGAAGCGCCUAGUGCUCAAAGGGUGUGAUAAGCUGAAUCAGAUUCCAAAACACAUUGGAUAUAUAGCAUCAGCUCUUACGUUCGAGGUUGAUAGUGCAAACCUAUCUCUUUUGAACUGUGUCAAAGAGAUCCAACAGGAUCAAGAGAUAUAUGGCAAAAUCGUUAAAGUUGACCUACUAUAAGGGGUAUUAUAGCAAGAGAAGUGAGAUGAUAUUCCAGAUCCAAUACUUCACCGACACGCUUUGUAUUUAAGGACUCCACUAUUAACAAACUUAUGUAUUUGUGAAUCCCUGCCUGUUCAGUGCUACUCAUUCCAUUCCAUAUUAAUAGAUACAUUUUGCCAUUUUGGUAUAUUC